CAAAAGAGCCCUGUGUAUUCCCCUUUAUUUUUUCUCUUUUUUUUUCUCGGAACGUGAAUACUUAUGGUGAAGGAUAAAAGAAUAAUAGAAGAAGAGCCACCUAUAGCAACUAUUGAAGGUUGGGAAGACGGGCAACCUUUUAAACGCGGGAUUCAUAAGCUCGAUCGUUGGGCACUUCAAUCAGCUGAUACACUCACUAUUCAUAUUGGUCAUAACGAUAUUGUAUUAGUGCAAGACCCACAUUCUAACUACUUAGGCGGCUAUAUAUGGUUGACUUCUAUUGUGUUUUGUUCAUAUCUAGAGAGGUUAAGCUUAAAACGUGACCGACACGGCUGGAUCAGCUUGGACCAUCGGAAGCGCUGGGUAGAAUUAGGCUCCGGUGUAGGGUUAAUUGGCAUUAUGCUGCGAAAACUGGGCAUUGAGAAUGUAGUGAUUACAGACAUUAAAGAAUUAGUAGAGACUAUGGAAAAAAACGCAGAAGCCAAUGGUUUACAUGUCAAGUCAAUAAGUGGACGCCGAAAGAACGAGUAUGAUGAGAACACAAUCGUGGUUGAGCCAUUGUUGUGGAACAAUAAGGAAGAAAUGGAUUCAAUUAAAGCAGUAGAGGAAGAUAUUGACUAUGUCGUGGCAUGUGACUGUAUUUACUCUGAAGCCAGCGCAUUAGAUCUAGUUAAUACAAUGGAGUAUUUAGCAAGUGAAAAGACAACCAUCAUUUGUAUCAGUGAAGUGAGAAAUCAGGCCGCACAAGAUAAAUUUAUGACAGAAGCAGAAUCAAGGUUCCAAGUCGAAUUACUGCCAGCUAUGCAAUGGCAAAAAAAACUGAAUAGCGAGGUUGAAUUUGAGGAAACACUCAAUCUCUAUAGGUUGCGCAAAACAAAGCGUUCAUCAAAAGUUAGACGUAGCAAAUCUUAAAAAUCAAUUUGAGUACGCAAAUGAUAUCAACAAUCAAAAUUCUAGAGUCAAGACAAAUACCAUUUUUUAGCGACUUGAAUAAAAACAAUUACCACUGAAAGCAAUACAAAGCCUACAUCGCAACUGCGUGUAGGAUAAAAGAAUUCUAAAGCUAGCGUAAGAAAGAUGCCAAUACGAAUAAAUAUCUUUUUAAUUAGUG